AUGCGAGGAGCACUAACUCCCCAUUGCACAGACCCCCGAGGUAGAGGUCCUGCGAUCCGCUCCACUUCCAACAUUGCUGACCUAGCCAAGAGAUUCACGCAUCAAGCUAUCAGUGUCACUGCCAGGGGGCUGCAUCAACAGCAGGGGAGGGUCCAUAGAGCGCCGACACUCCUCAAGGCUCGGGGCCGAGGGCACGGAGAUCAGUGGCACCAUCGACUCACGAACGACAAGCAGCAAGACAGUCACUUACGCCUCAAACAUCAUGCGCAAGAGACAGCGGCAGCCUCAUCGAGAGAGGAAAAGAGCUUGUCCUACUCGCAGCAUAGGGUGAAGCAAUCAGGUGACAUCUACACACUCCGAGUGCCACCUUUUAGCACUCCGCACGGAGACCCAAGCUCCUGA